UUCGUGCUAUCGAGAUGUGUUUCGUUCGCCCUCUGUGCCAACACAUUGUUAUCGCACAAUAAAGAUCCGUUCCAACAGUAGCCCUCAAAUUUGCCACGACCUAUUUGGUGGUGGUUCGUCAAUGUCUUGCCAGUGAACAAACAAAAGCCACAUUGUAUUCGACGAUGGAACCGAAUUUACGCAACACAAAAUCGUCGCCCAAGAAGAGCAGCAAACAAUCGUCAUCCGUGGAAGAUGUGCAAAGUGAGAAGGAAAUUCAGCCCGGAAAAGAGCAAAAACCACCGAAGAACAUUAAACGACAGCAACCGUCUGCCAGUGACGAACCCGAGAAUCUUAAGUCACGCGUUUGUGAUGAUCGCGCAAAAGAAAUCGAAAGUGUUAUCAGCGAUGAAGAUGAUUCCCAGCGGUUCAUGAUGCGAUUCCAACUGGACGGAGCUUCGGUUGUGCUGUUCCUCCUCUCGUUCGUGACACGGUUCUACAAGAUUACCCAUCCCAAAGGGGUUGUAUUUGAUGAAAUCCACUAUGGUCGCUUUGCAUCGUUGUACCUGCGGAACACGUUCUACUUCGACCAGCAUCCACCGCUGGGCAAGAUGCUCAUAGCCGGAGUGGCGAGCGCCGUCGGAUACAGUGGGAAGUUUGAGUUUCCUAAAAUCGGCAGCGAAUACGACGCGAGCGUUCCCAUUUUUGCUUUCCGUUUUGUCCCUGCGCUGUGCGGAAGUCUGUUGGCACCUGUAAUAUACAGUAUCCUGCGGCAAAUCAAACUAAGUCAAAGAGUUUGCGUCAUCGGAGGUCUGCUCGUUGUUUUCGAUAAUGCACUGCUCACCCACUCGCGGUUCGUUCUCAUGGAACCGAUGCUACUGCUGUUUUCCAGCGUCGGAAUACUGUUCGUGCUGAAAUUCCUCGCCAGUGUCCCAUUCAGCACUCGCUGGUGGUCAUUCGGCGCGUUGGCUGCCGCUUUCCUGACAGCAGCCGUCCUAGUGAAGUACAUCGGAUUCUACAGUUACCUGCUGGCGUGCUACAUCAUUGGUCGACACGUCUGGAUGCAACUUCCCGAUCGUACCCAAUCUAAUCUCUAUCUGGUGGUCAAAAGCAUCUUGAAAGCAACGCUCUUCGUGACAGUUUCGCUCGCAUUAUACGUCGGGUGCUUCUACGUUCACCUGGAUAGUCUGUACAAAGCGGGUCCACACGACAGUGUGAUGACCAGCGCCUUCCAGGCCUCGCUGGAAGGUGGUCUAGCGUCAAUUACCAAAGGACAACCCCUGCGUAUUCAGCAUGGAUCACAGAUCACCCUCAAACAUACCCACGGACGGGUUUGCUGGCUUCACUCGCACGCCCAUGUUUACCCGAUCAAGUACGCGGAUGGUCGCGGAUCUAGUCAUCAGCAGCAGGUCACUUGCUAUGGAUUCAAGGAUGUAAACAACUGGUGGAUCGUGAAGCGACCCGAAAAAGAAAACAUUGCGGUGGAGGAAGAACCGGAUUACAUCGAAAACGGAGAUAUUAUUCAGCUGGUUCAUGGAGUCACUAGUCGGGCGUUGAACUCGCAUGAUGUAGCGUCACCGAUGAGUCCCCUCACGCAGGAAGUUUCCUGCUACAUUGACUAUAACAUCUCCAUGCCGGCCAACCUGUUGUGGAGGGUCGAUAUCAUAAAUCCGAAGGAUUCAAAGAAUCGGUGGAAUGCAAUAACCUCUCAGGUGCGAUUGGUUCACGUCGAUACUUCAGCUGCGCUGAAGUUUACGGCAGAACAGCUGCCAGAUUGGGGGUUCAAUCAGUUUGAGGUUGCUGCUGACAAGAGACAGUUUACCAUUGAUACGAUAUGGAACGUCGAAGAGCAUCGCUACACCCAGGACAAGGAUAAGAAAGAUGUGCUGGAGAAAUUACUGAAGACCGAGAUGAUCCCAACUGCACCUACGAAGUUGUCCUUCUGGGAGAAGUUCUCCGAGUUGCAGAUGAAGAUGCUGCUGCACGCGGAGAAGUUAGAAGGCCAUAUGUAUUCGUCGGAACCGUUCGAGUGGCCCUUCAUGGAUAAAGGUAUCGCCUAUUGGGUGGAUAACACUUCAAACGCUCAGAUAUUCCUCCUCGGGAAUUUGGUCAUCUGGUACUCGGCAUCGCUUGCCCUCGUUGCAUACGUUGGUCUUCUGGCAUUCUACUUGAUCAGACGACGUCGUCGUCUGUUCGAUCUGGACGAAGAGGAGUGGAAAAGGUUCCGUUGUGGUGGGGAAAUCUUCCUGGUCGGCUACUUCACCCACUAUCUCCCAUAUUUCUUCGUGGAACGCACGCUCUUCUUGUACAACUAUCUGCCGGCGCUGCUGUACAAGAUCCUCCUGCUCUGCUUUGUGCUCGAGCACAUUCAGCUGGUGCUCAGGAAGUUCGUCAAAGUGCGACUCGUGUCGAUGAUCUUUAACGUCAUCCUCGUGGCCUGGCUUUCCGGGAUAUUCUACUUCUACUCCAAAUACAGCGUGCUUUGUUACGGCACUACGGAACUCAGUGCGGAUGAUGUACUCAAGAUGCGGCUUAAGGAUACCUGGGAUCUGAUCGUUCAUAAAGCUUGAAUGAGAGAUUGAUAAGUUUUAUGUUUUCGAAUCAAACGAUUAUAAAAUACUCGUUUUACUAUACUUGCAAUAGUACGCAUAGCGUAUUAUCCUUUUAGACGGUGAAAAAAAAUA